GCCUGGGGAGGGGGGGUCGGUCCUUCCCGAGGACGUGGGGGAGAAGCAGGAGGAGCAGCCUCGCACACCCCCGCGGGCCCCCGGCACAGCCCCGCCGCCAUGGAGCCCUGGACGGCGGACCCCCAGGCCCUGCCCCUCGACGACUACUACGACUACUACAACGGCAGCGGCGGCGGGGGGCUGUGCCCGGGCGAGGAGGAGGGCGAAGCGGACUGGGAGCUGUCCUACUCGCUGCUGCCCGUGCUCUACAUGCUGGUCUUCGUCCUCGGCCUGUCCGGCAACGGCAUCGUCAUCUUCACCGUGUGGCGGGCCCCGGGCGGGGCGGGGGGCGGGACCGGCGGGGGCGGUUGGCGCUCGGCCGACACCUACAUCGGCAACCUGGCCCUGGCCGACCUGGCCUUCGUGGUGACCCUGCCCCUGUGGGCGGCCUACACGGCCCUGCGCUUCCACUGGCCCUUCGGGUCGGUCCUGUGCAAGCUCAGCAGCUACCUGGUGCUGCUCAACAUGUUCGCCAGCGCCUUCUGCCUCAGCUGCCUCAGCUUCGAGCGCUACUUGGCCGUCGUCCACUCCCUCAGCCGAGCCCGGCUCCUGCGCUCCCGCCGGGCCGCCACCCUGCUGUCCCUGGGAGCGCUCUGGCUGCUGGCGGGUCUCUUAGCGCUGCCGGCGCUGCUACUGCGCGACACGCAGAGGCGUCCGCCGCUCAACGCCACCGUGUGCGACAUGGACUACAGCCGGGUGGCCAGCCCCGAGCAGGAGCGCUACUGGCUGGGCGCCCUGAGCCUGGGCACCACGGCGCUGGGCUUCGUCCUGCCGCUGCUGCUCAUGACCGUCUUCUACUGCUGCCUCGGGGGCGCGGUGACCCGCCACUUCCAGCACCUCAAGAAGGAGGAGCAGAAGCGGCGGCGGCUGCUGCGCAUCAUCGCGGCGCUGGUGGCCGUCUUCGCGCUCUGCUGGCUGCCCUUCCACCUGCUCAAGGGCCUCUACGUGCUGGGCUGGCUGGGCCUGCUGGACCUGCCCUGCGCCGCCCAGGACCUCAUCGUGCGCCUCCACCCCUACGCCACGUGCUUGGCCUAUGUCAACAGCUGCCUCAACCCCUUCCUCUACGCCUUCCUGGACCUGCGCUUCCGCGCCCGGUGCCUCCGUCUGCUGGGCCUCCGCCGCCCUCGCCCCCGCCGCCCCUCCGCCUCGCUGUCCUCCACCGCCAGCGCCCAGACGCAGAAGUCCGAGCUGCCCUCGCUGGCCACCAAGGUGUGACCGGCCGACGGGGAGGCCCCGGCGAGGCGCCCUCCUCCAGCUCCUCCUCCUCCUCCUCCUCCUCCUCCUCCUCCCAGGACUGGACCUCUCUCCCCACCCCGCGGCUGAGCUGGACUCGGGAUGCGGGAGGCCUGGGUGGGAGGUUGGCCGGAGGAAGGGGGGAAGGGGGCCGCCCGCCCCCACCCCGUCCCCCUCCGCGGGGCUGGACCCGCACCCAACCCCUUCGGACUUGGGACCCUCGGAGCAGGCCUCGCCCCCCUCCCGCCGCGUGGGACCCAAUAAAACCUCUUUCGGGAAA